ACCAAGCCUUUUCUAUUAGACCUGGCCCCUCUCCUGCUCAGCUCCAGCACUUAGAAAACUCCCUCCAGUCUUUGUUUUCCUGCUGUCUGUCAGGAUCGGCCAGUCCUUUUAUCUGCUGCUCACAACUGCUGGUACUUGAUGCACAGACCCCCAGAUCCAGCUCAUUACAACACUUGGUCAGGGUGCUGACAGAGUCUGCAGAAGUGCUGGCUGAUGAAAAUGAAAAGCUAUGGCUUGCUUUUCCCCAUCUUCUGUAUCCAUCUCCACGCUACGCUGGUGCUGCCGAAGUGGUGUCCCCAUCCGUGUUUUUGCAGCAAGGGGACGAUCGAUUGCAGCAGCCGGAGCCUGACAGCGGAGACCCUGCCCGAGGGCUUCCCCGUCAACGCUUUGGAGCUUCGGCUCAACGACAACAAGCUGACCACCGUCCCCAGCGGCCUCUUCGAUCGUCUGGGCAAGCUCAGAGCGGUCUCCCUGGACGGGAACCCAUGGUCCUGUGACUGCGAGAUCCUGUACCUGCGCGCCUGGCUUCUGAAACAGGAGAACCGCACGCUGUACAAGACCGUGGCGUGCAAUUCCCCGGACAGCCUGAAGGGCCGCCUGGUGAUGUACCUGGCAGAGGACGAGGUGCAGUCCGGCUGUCAGUACGGGUACUGUAACGUCGCAUUCGUUUUCCAGGUCGUCCUCUUCGUCCUCAUCGCAGUGCAGGCCGCCUUGCUGCUGCUCGUCAUCGUGUUCCUCCGGCGCUUUGAGAGGAUCUCCAGCGAAGCGAAGAGUACGGAGAGAGAGGCUCUUCAGGGAGAGUCGAGCAACUUCUUGUACGCGCAGAUCAAGGAAAGCUAUCGCCACUAAGUAGCUUUCUAAAUAUAAUUAUCACCACCUGUUAAAGGUGCCCGGGUCAUCGGUCGUACUGUUAACAACGACCGGGGAAAUAAAACAAAACUAGUGUUGUUAUUAUUAGUGUUAUAUAUUUUUGAUGCAAAUUUCUAGCGUAAUUGUACCAUUUAAAUGAGAUCGCUGUAUCUUCGCUCUUAUAACAGCUGUAUGUACAUGGGCGUGUGACUUGUGUAGAGCAGUCAGUCUUGCAUUUGAGUAAAAGAAAAUCUGUCUGAAGCCUCCUGACUUGUUUAACAUGAAGGUUUUUGGAAAGUCAAUCCGAUGCAUUGUGUCUAACUCCACCUUGUUUGGAAGUGUGUGUUUUGUUUUGUUGUCUGUUUGCACUUUUUAAAGGAGUGUGUGUUGUGUAACACAGUGAUGGCGUGCGCAUGCACGUUACGGUAUCCAGGCUGUUUCCCUGUUAUCUGAAAUAAAUGGGCCGGAUGAUUAUGGUGAAUCCAAUUAUUUGCAAAACAUUUAAAAAUAAACAUACAAAAAUAUAUAUUUUUUUUUAUUAUUUUUUGAGAGAAUACUGUUACAGAGUCACGGAAAAGAGAGCCUCCCCGUCGGGGAAUUGAACCCCGGUCUCCCGCGUGACAGGCGGGGAUACUGACCACUAUACUAACGAGGAUUUGCUUGUAUAUGCUGUUUGAGAUGGUGCUUUUGAAGAGGAUAUAUUUAAUAUUUAUCAAUCUAAAUAUUCUUUCCAACAUUUGAAAACAGCUGGACGCUCGUCUCCAAGGGGCGGGGGUCAUAUGCAUCCAUCAUACACAUAGGAGGAGUCAUACGCAAAAAAAACACCCAUUAUCAUAUAAUAGACGUAACCCCCACCUCCAACUCAAAAUGACAC